AUGAAAGAUCCCAUCAACCCCUCGGAAGAAUUAUCUGAUAAGGAAUUCAUUCGGUAUAGGACAAACUUCGGUGUCAACUUGGCAGCUUGUUUUGUACGUGCCAGAUGGAUGUUUCCAGGUUCAGUGAUUAGCCCAGAAUUUAAUACUGAGCUUCAAUCUCUCAGGUCAGAGGUAAAUUCCUGGGGCCGUGAUGGUGCUCGCGAUUUUUUGGAGAAAUUCUGGCGUGGCUUCAUGACUGACGACGACUGGAAAUGGAUUCAAUCUAAGGGAAUGAACAGUGUCCGAGUGCCAAUUGGAUAUUGGAAUAUUGACGGGGGCAAUUUCACUGAAGGCACCAAGUUUGCUGAAUUUGCUGACAUUUACAGAAACUCAUGGCAGAUCUUCAAGUCUCACUUUAUCGAGGCGGCAGCAAGAUUCAAUAUCUCUGUUCUAGUAGAUGUGCAUGCUUUACCUGGAGGUGCUAAUCUACUAAGUCUGAGUGGAGAAGACGAAACUGCUGAGUUUUGGAACGAUGAAAAGAAACAGGAUCUCAUGGUUGAAGCAGUUCGUUUUAUUGCCCGAGACUUGAAGAACUAUGCAAAUAUCACUGGUAUCCAAAUCGUCAAUGAAGCAGCGUACAAUGCUUUUAAAGGCCAAACGAGAUACUAUGAGAAGGCCAUGAGGGCAAUCAGGGAAGAGGACAAUUCAAUACCUGUGGUUAUCUCAGAUGCAUUUGAUCCCAUGAAAUACUCACAAUGGGUCCAAGAAAUUCAGGGAAACAAACAAAACUUUGGCUUGAUCGUGGAUUUUCACUGCUACCGUGAUAUCAAUGAAGCUGAUAGAAAGAAAAGUGUAAGGCAGAUCAUUGAUGAUCUCGACUAUGACUUCGUCGAAACUAGUAACGGCAAUUCAAAUGAUGUUGAUUUUAUGCUUGGCGAGUAUUUUUGUCGGCUUAGUGAAGAGAGCUGGCAACUUUCUGGCCUAGAUUACCAAGCCACGAAUGAAAGAAGAAAAUUGGCAGCUGAAUUCGGCCGUAAACAGAUUGAACUUGCCGUGAAAAGAACAUCUGCUGCAAUCUAUUUUUUCAACUAUAAAUUUGAAUUUCCACUCGGUGAGAUGGACGCCAGAGAUAUGUUUGAGGGUUAUUUGAAAACACCAUCUGUCUCAAUGCCUCCUGAGGGUCUUUUCGAAAAACUUCGGGACGAGGCAUAUGAUAUGCAUGUUGCGUUUUGGACACAGCAGGGCUUUCAUUAUGAUUUUGAGAUAUACAAGGUAGGCUUCGAAGCAGGAUGGUCAGACUGUUCUGGAUUCGCAGAGCGUGGUGCCAUGAUUGGUCGUAGGCAAGCGCUUAAAUUUGCUAGAAAGCAAGAGUACGUUCAAAAAAAAGGUGAUCUGGAAUUUAUUUGGCAAUUUGAUCAUGGCUAUGACAAAGCUUUAUUUGAGUUUAGAAGCAGGUUCUACAAAACAUAA